AUGACACUCAUUACGCAUGUCCCAACCCCCUUUUGCCACCUAUAAAACAUUUUCCUAAGCAGCACUUGCACACAUGUAUAGUACAUAUUUCUCAGUCCUCACACACCGACACACCUUAAUUUUCACUAUACAAUAUAUACACAUCACUAUCUACUCAAAUUCUACAACAUAUAUUCAUCACUAUCUAUUCCAAUUCUCAUUCCUUUUCCCUCUAUAAAUAGCUAAAACAACCGCCAUCUCUCACCUUAUUGUUUUGUGCACUCAACUAUUAUACCAUACCAUGCAACUAUUCACUUCACUUACUAAUUCUUGUUUAGAUUUUUCUCACCCUUUCAUUAUAUUGCUCCUCUUUUUUACUAUCCUUCCUUUCCUUCAAUGGUGGAAACACCAUAGAGAUAAAGACAAACGUUUACCUCCUGGUUCAAUGGGUUGGCCUUACUUUGGAGAGACCCUCAAACUCUACACUCAAAAUCCAAAUUCCUUCUUCUCCACAAGGCAGAAAAGGUAUGGAGAUAUAUUCAAGACACACAUACUAGGUUGUCCUUGUGUGAUGAUAUCAAGUCCUGAGGCAGCUAGAGCAGUGCUUGUUACACAAGCACAUCUUUUUAAACCAACAUACCCUCCAAGCAAAGAGAAGUUGAUAGGACCAGAAGCUUUGUUCUUUCAACAAGGUGCUUAUCACUCCAUGCUCAAGAAGCUAGUUCAAGCCUCUUUUUUACCUUCCACACUUAAAAACUCUGUCUCUCAUGUUGACCAAAUUGUACAAAAAUUGGUUCCAACUUGGGCUAAUAGAACCAUCAACACCUUGCAAGAGAUGAAAAAGUAUGCUUUUGAAGUGGCUGCAAAUUCAGCUUUUGGUGAAAUAAAUGAGAUGGAAAUGGAAGAAAUAAGAGAAUUGUAUCAUUGCUUGGAGAAGGGCUACAAUUCUUAUCCUUUAAAUCUCCAUGGAACUUCUUAUUGGAAGGCAUUGAAGGCAAGGAAGGUUUUGAAUGAGAGUAUAAGGAGGAUAAUAGAAAGAAGGAAGGAGAGCAGGAAUUAUGGUGGAGGGUUGUUAGGAAUUCUGUUGAGAGGCAGAGGUGAUGAGAAGAUGAACCAACUAACUGAUUCUCAAGUGGCUGAUAAUAUCAUUGGUGUCAUAUUUGCUGCACAUGAUACCACAGCUAGUGUUCUAACAUGGGUUCUUAAGUACUUGCAUGACAAUGUCAAUCUCUUGGAAACUGUCACAAAAGAACAAGAAGAAAUAAGAAGCAAAGUUUCUAGGGAAAGUCGUGGACUUUCAUGGGAGGAUACAAGGCAGAUGCCCUUCACAAGCAGGGUAAUCCAAGAGACAUUAAGAAGUGCAAGCAUAUUAUCAUUCACAUUUAGAGAAGCAGUUAGAGAUGUGAAGCUACAAGGUUACUCCAUUCCAAAAGGUUGGAAAGUCCUUCCACUCUUUAGAACCAUUCAUCAUUCACCUCAUUUCUUCCCUCAACCACACAUGUUUGACCCUUCAAGAUUCGAGAAUCCACCUCGACCAAACACAUAUAUGCCAUUUGGAAAUGGAGUCCACUCUUGUCCUGGUAGUGAGCUUGCAAAGCUUGAGGUUCUUGUCCUCCUUCACCAUCUCACUCUUUCAUACAGGUGGCAAGUUGUGGGAAAUGGAGAUGGAAUUCAAUAUGGUCCUUUUCCUGUGCCAAAACAUGGAUUACCAGUAAAGAUAACUCUAAAGAAUAGUUAGAUAUAUUAUUAUUCAGGAUAAUCAGAAAAUCACAUGCAAUUUGUAGAAUAUGUCAGGAUAAUCAAAUUUAUUUUCUUUCAAGCAUUAUUUUGUUGUAGAGAUUCUUUUCCCAUUUAUAGGCCUAAUGGGACAAAGCUAGUUCCCAUUGGCUGCAUUAUGCAUGGCCCAUGUAUGUAUUAACAUUAUGUUUGUGCAGAAAAUUUCUGUAAAUAAAUUUAUAUAAAAAAAAAAAUGUGUAUAAAAAUUGUAAAUAUCACUCUCCA